AUGGAAGCCGAGGGUUUUCUUUAUGCCAGACAAGAAGAAGAAAUGGCACGCUUAUUUGGAAGCGAAGAUGGGACUGAGGCAUAUACGACAGAGGAUCCGUUGAGCGAUCAUAACUCGAAUCGCAAAAGGACCAGACGUAGGUGGUUUGAGAAUACGAAGCCAGAGCGAGAUCUCAUCAAAGAAACCACGACGACCCGAAGGAGAAACCUGUCCCGAUUAUUAUACCGCGCAUUCUUGAUUGAAGAACGCCGAAAAAGUGAAUUGUUACAAAGGCGCGAAGAUCAAUCUACCGACGAAGAUGAAAACAGAAACUUGAGCGUUGGGUUGAGAAGCAGAGACUUUAUCACGGCAUGGCCUCUCCGACCUCGAGAUUUUCAACCAGAAGGAUACCAAUUGCAUCAGAAAAGCCUUCUCAUCCGACACACGCAAGACAAAGCACGAAGUAGGAGAACAGAACGUGCAUUAGUUGAUUUGUCUGGACUGCGACCGAAUGCUGUCCCUGAUAAACAGGCAGCCACUUCAAGCUCUGACGAUGACGAGAGUCCAUCUGACGCAUCUGUUGCCGGACCAGAUGCAAUCACGGAACUCAUUCAGAAUCUUUACUCUAUCAAAUCUGAGUCAGACCCACGACCAAGUGCGCAAAUGGAGGAGGUGCUUUUAGCACGCUUGAUGAGAAUCAGCAAGGAAAAGUUUCGCAAGAGAAUACAUACAGCCCAGCUGCCUACUAAUGGCUUCGACACCUCGGCUGACGAUAGAUUGAUGACCAAUCAAUUACGGCCUUUGACGCGAAAUCUAAUCGCCUGUCUGAACAUUUUUUUACGUGGCAUGGACGAUCAGGCAUUUGGGCGCGGAAAGAGGCGGCUGCACUACAACGACUGGCAAACAGUGAUGAUGGUGGCUUCACAGCAGGGCUGGCCAAAGGAGAUCCUAGAGCGAGCAACAAAACGGUGUAAUGCCAUAUUCAAGGGAGGAUUACAACCAGAAAAAGAUACUAAGAUGUUGCAACCUCAUGUUCAAAGUCCGUUCACAAUCGAGGAGCCACAACAAGAAGCCACACCUGAUAAGAAACGACUCCUCUGUUCAGUGAAGACUUGUGUACGACAUCGAAUAGCAUUUGCCCAGAUGCAGAGUUUGAAAGAGCACAUGGACAGGAACCAUCCAGAAAACUCAACGUAG